AGUAAGCACUAAACAGUUGCUCGUGAUUUUUCAGAAUGUGUGCUAACUCAUCUCAAACAAACAUUACAUAUUGGGAGAAAAAGAAGCAAAAGAUAGGACCCUGUUGCUUCCCUUUGAAAAAAAAAAGAAGAGAAGUGGUAAACACAAAGUAGGUAGCAAUAUGUUAAAUAAAAUACUAAUAACAUACCUAAGUCUUGAGCUUUGCAGGCAUUCCGGCCUCAUUCCACUCCCUCCACCAUUAUUUGUCGGGACAUUCCUCAAGUCAAUUUAUUCAGUGUGUUCAUUUACUAUACUUUAUUCACUUACAAUAGGACUUAAAAUAUAUAAAAUAGUACUGUUAAACAGAAAACAAAAUAAGUUAGCAGCAAUAAACACAGACAGAAUAAUUAGAAAAAACAUGAAAAAGAAUCCCAUGUUUUGUUUCUGUCUACAUAAAAAGGCCUUAGCAGGUCCUUUACCUUACCUUACCCGUGUGCUAGUUACACUAAAGUAUGUUACAACAAAACCAGAAAUUCAGUAAAAAGUGGAAAGUAUGUAAUCCUUGGAAGUUGAUUAGCUCUAUGAUUAUUAUUUAAUCAUCAAAUGCAGCCAACUGAUAUUUCCCUUUUUUCUGAUAAUAUUAUUUUUGAUGCAUUGAACUAUACUAUAAUGAUGACUUUAGUGAAUGCAGAAUUGCAUGUCAUACAAAAUAUUGUAAAAUUUGCAAUGGCAAUGUCCUGUGGGUCAGUGCUCCCCCCCACAAGAAAAUCAAUCAGGUUUUAAUUUUACAUUUGGAUGCCUGCAGUGCAGACAAACUCCUUCAAUAAUGAAAAAUAAGAAAUUAAAUAUCAAUAAAAUUAGAAUACCACUAAGUCUAGUAUACUACUUUUUAAAAGCAUUAAAAUUUGAAUAAGCUUUCAUUUUUCCAUAAUAAAAGCUCAGCUACCAUAGUUAGAAUUCUCAAAAUACUUGAAAAAGACUAAAAUGGCAGCUUCAGAAACAUUCUUAGCAUGUGACCCUUCAGAUGAUGAUUACAUUGACAUGGAAGUUAGUUCAUAUUCCAACUUCUUCAAUCAUCAUUCUGAAAAAUCUAGAGAAUUUGAGUUCCAAAUGUCCUCUGUUGUUCAAGAGAAGGAGCCGACAACUUCUCCGGCUGACGAGCUUUUCUACAAAGGAAAACUUCUCCCUCUUCAUCUCCCGCCUCGGUUGCAAAUGGUCGAAAAACUUCUUCAAAACCCUCACAAAACUUAUGAAGAAGAAAAAUACAUCUUCGAAGAGUACUACAGCACACCAUUAGCAACUACUGCUUUUACAACACCAGUUACCGGUACGCCAUUUGAGUCCUGCAAUAUCUCACCGUCGGAUUCUUGUCAAGUUAGCCGAGAGCUAAAUGCUGAAGAGUAUUAUAGCCUCGGCUACCAACCAACAGAUAUAAGCGGAUUCGUUAUCGAAAACCAGAAGAAGUCGUGGACAAAGAAGCUGAAACAGUCUUCUUUAGGUUCAAAGUUGAAGGCUUCAAGAGCUUAUCUUAAGUCUUUGUUUGGAAAAUCUGGUUGUUCAUAUGAAAACUAUGUAACAUCAUCAACAAAAGUUGCUGAUGAAGGUUCUGUUUCAAAAGCAAGGGAAAUUAUGAAUAAGCAUGUUCAAGGAGCAAAUAAAAAUCCAUAUGGCCAAAUUCAGAGGCAUAGAUAUCAGUCUUCAAUUUCUGUUAUGAGAGAAUUCAAAGAAAAGAGCAGUGAGGAUGGAAGUAAUCAUCACAGAAGGUCAUUUUCUGUUGGAAUCAAGCUUCUUUCUGGAAACAAAUCAUCAUCGAGUUCGUCGUCAUUUUCAGUUUCAAACAAACUAUAUGGAUGUCAUCAAACUCCCCAGCUUCUCAAAAGAUGCAGCAGUACAAGUUCUGAGAUAGAGAAUUCAAUCCAAGGAGCAAUUGCAUACUGCAAAAAGUCUCAGCAAAUGUUAUCUUGAAAAGUAGAUUUGUUUUUGUUGUAUUUUUCAUACAUUGUCUUUCCAAUUAGAAAG